AUGGAGGAUUUUGAGCUAACUGUCUGCGUAGUGGGAGGGAACCCGGUUUCUGCGUUUCUUUCAUGGCGUCUGCAGGCCUCUAACGCCUGCGACGUAACACUUGUGUGGAAGUCAGGAUAUGAGCACGUUGCCCAAUACGGCCUAACAUUCAAGUCGUCAACGUUUGGCAACGAAAGGUUCAAGCCCCGCCAUGUUGUUCGUGCCCCUGAAGACGCAGCAGGCCAACGAGAUGGCGCAUACGACUAUGUCAUUCUCUGUGUGAAGGCGCUACCAGACGUGUAUGACCUCGCGGCUGUUAUCGAUGCCGUUGUCACGCCGCAGCACACCUGCAUCCUGGUCAACACGACGCAUACAUUGGGCGUUGAAGCCGCGAUCGAAGAACGAUUCCCCACAAACGUCGUUCUCUCUCUCGUAUCGAACGCCGAGCUAUCACAACUGGGUCAAAGCGAGUUCGAGCACAAAGAUUCGACAGAGGGCAAAUGGAUUGCAAGGUUCCUCCCACCAUUCGGCAACAACAAUCGAGCGGGUGAUUGGCUGCUCGAAAAGACCGGCGUUCGCGACCUUGUGUCCGAGGUGCUCAACGAAAUGUUAGCCCUCGCUUCGGCACAUGGCUGCAACCUCGACCCUUCUUUCAAGCAAAAAACGAUCGACGACAUGACACAGCCGACAACGACCGAAAGCAUCAUGUGGCAAGACUUCAUGGCCAAGCGUCCCAUGGAAGUCGAGACGUAUCUGGGCUCACCCAUGAAGCUCGCCAAGGACGCAGGUGUUCCUGUCCCUCGCAUCGAGACACUGUAUGCUGUCAUGCACAAUCUCAACAUCGUCAACCGCCAGAGGCCCAAGAUCGAGGCGCCAAUGGGCCCGUCCUCCCCAAAUGCUCCGUCACUGCCUAGGAUGUCGUCGCAGAUUAGCAUGAAUGGAGGCAUGCGUCCCAUGCCCCCCAACGGCAUGUCUAAUGGCAACGGCAUGCCGCCUCGGGGACCCCGUCCCAGAAACUCGUCGAAUCUCGGACCAGGCCCGGGCAUGAGGCGAGGUCCUCCCUCUGUCAAUGGUGGCGGCCCUCCCAACGGGUACGGCGGCCGUCCGUCAAUGAACGGGCCACCCAAUGGGUAUCCUGGCCCAGGAUCGCGCGCCGCAUCGAGGCGAGGCUCUAUGGAAGCAAACGACUUGGAGGAGUUCUCGCACCUAGUCCUCUACGACGAUAUUCCCGAGGGAGGAGAGCCGGGUUAUGGCCAGGAAGGCGGUGACGUGGGCAUUCGUGAGCGUGAAUUGGAGCUUCGACAACGCGAGCUAGCAUUACGCGAACAAGAAAUGCGUAUGGGCCGCGGAAGGCGUGGGCCGCCACCCCCGCGGAGGGGCCCUCAUCCCAUGCGUCACAGCGCACAGCCGAGCGCUCACGGGGGCUUCGACGACGAUGACGAUGAUGACGACUACUUCGAUCCCACCAACGCCCCCAUCACGCCCAUGGCAGACCCAGAUAACUUUGACAUGAUGAGCGUCACUUCGUGGAAAGAACCGGAAAGCUAA